UAGAAAUUAAGGUUGUGUUUUAUCUUUUUCAUACUAGUGCAGAGUAUGGUGGUGUGAAAGAGACACCCGGUACACUUUCGGCCAUCAUAACCAUCUUUCUUUCUUGUGCAACUGUUUCUCUUCGUCCGUGUACUAGUGCAAACGCAGGAUGGACGCCAUUCGCGCGAGAUAAUUUUUCAUCGCUCGUGAAGCGAGAUUUGAACGCGUUCGGUGCCGGGCGUGGAGCUAUGCUAUAGUGUAUCAAGUGUACGGUGCUUUCGGUCUGGCGGUGCGGUGUGGAAGUGGUCGGUUCUGGUCGGAGCUGAGGCUCGGCUGGAGGCAAGGCAGCGAGGCGAGGCGCGUGCAGCGCAAGGCAUGGCGGGCGCGAGCUGAGCACCGGUCGCGGCCUCCGGUGGCAGGCCGCUCGCGCUCCGCCGCCGGCCCGAUGAGCGGGGCACGUUCUGCGCGGCGGAGGUUAUUUUAUGGGUAUUUGCGUGAGCUGCCGGCGCCGAGAGCGGAAGGCACCAGAGAAGCGGUCGGUGCCGGGAGCGGGCGGGCCCGCUAAGGGCACUGCGGCAGCAGAGCUGCUGCCGCGCCGCGUUGACCAACUGACAGCCAUGGCCAACUCCAUGUCCAACAUCAAGAUGACAAACCCUCUCAAGGGCAUCGUUAGCAAGCGCCGGAAGCGCUACAUCAAAGACGGAUUCAACCUGGACUUAGCCUAUAUCACAGACAGGCUUAUAGCGAUGGGCUUUCCCGCCGAGAAGUUAGAAGGAGUAUACAGGAAUCACAUAGACGAAGUGUACAGGUUUCUAGAGAAGAUGCACAAGGACCACUAUAAGAUAUACAACCUCUGCUCGGAGAGGUCUUAUGAUUCGAGCAAAUUCCACGAAAGGGUGGCGCGAUACGCGUUAGAAGACCACACGCCGCCUAAUAUCGAGCUGAUUCAGCCAUUUUGUGAAGAUGUCCACAACUGGCUCUCAGCUGACUCCAAAAAUGUCGCCGCCGUGCACUGUAAAGCGGGAAAAGGACGGACGGGGACAAUGGUGUGUUGCUACCUACUGUACAGCCGACAGAAAGCGUCCGCGGACGAAGCCCUCAAGUUCUACGGCACGAAGAGAACCCACGACGAAAAAGGCGUGACGAUCCCCUCGCAGCGGCGCUACGUGGAGUACUACGCGGCGCUGGUGACGUCGGGGCUGCAGUACUCGGCCACGCGCGUGCACAUCCGCGAGCUCGUCAUGUCGCCGCCGCCCACGCUCAACGGGGGCACCUGCUCGCCCGAGCUCACCGUCUCACAGGCACAGCCUUCCUUCAAGACGCCGUCGGGCUGCCACGAGGUCCGGAAAGACGAGGGCAGUAUCCGCGUGUACCUGACGCACUGCACGCCGCUGUACGGGGACGUGCGCGUCGACGUCUACAACAAGCCCAAGAUGAAGAUGCGCAAGGAGAAACUCUUCCAUUUCUGGUUCAACACGUUCUUCGUGGCUGCCGGCGUCGGGGCUGAACGAGUGCCAGCGUUAGAUGAUAGUCCGAACCUAGAGGCUUUCAAGCUAACGUUAAAUAAGUGGCAGUUGGACGAGGCGCACAAGGACAAGCAACAUAAACACUAUAGUCCAGACUUUAAGGUGGAGCUAAUAGUACAGAAGAUGCCGAUGUCGUCUACGUUCAGCGGUCACCCGGCGCGCGAGUCCCCGGCGGUGUCGUCGUCGUCGUCGUGCUGCAGCGAGCCCGACGACCCCGAGCCCGACGCGCACUGGGACUCCGGUGAGCUGCCCAUCACUCUGCUCACUCUCUCGCGGUAGAAUAUACGACACUCACACCUGCCAGGGCCGGAUUAUACGACAAAAUAGGUGCAAAUGUGAUUCAUUGUCGACUCUAUACUUGCUACCAGACUCAAUCACUUAUUUGUCCAUAGAUUUGCUUGAACUGUAUCUGUUUUACUAAAGGCUGAUUUUUCAAUGGGUAGAUAAAGGUUACCUAGGGAAUAAUUAUGUUUCUGUCGCGUCAGAAUGUUUGUAUAAGAUAGUGACAGCAACAAUUUUGUUCCUCAGAUAACAUUUAUUUGACUAUUGAAAAAUCAGCCCUUAAUAUGAUAUUUUAUCAGUAUAUAAUAUCUUUAUGAUGAUUGACAGUAGUAAUUAUUACUUUUUUGAUACAUAAUUGAUUUGAGUUGAUAUAUUUUGUGUUGAACUAGCAUGUGUAACGAAAACAUUUGUUUUAACUUGGGGUUUCAUAUUUUAAAAGCAUUUUAUACUUUUACUAUCAAACUAUACAGUGAAAUCUACAGACAGGUAUAGUAUUGAGAUUGGAUACAAAAUAUGUCGACCAGAAACUAUUACUUGAUACAUAAUCCGGCUCUGUCCUACACUAGACUUCAAAGUGGGUGUCGUUAACCAAUAAACAAGGACUCUAUAACUAUGUGCUAAAUAAAAAGUUAGUUUUAACUCGUUCUUAAAUAAUUCUAGUGUGGAUGUGUGAAUCGUGUUACGCGGUUUUUUUUGUUUUGUUGAAUAUUUCACGCGGACGCUAAGCGUUCGCUGCAAUUUAUUAUUCUGUGUGCGUACAAUGUGAUGGGUGUAUAAGUAAUUAUAUAAUUUUAAUAUCGCUUUUGUACGUAAACGCAGAGAAAACUGAUUUUAAAUAUAUUUGAAAGUAGGUGAAACUUACUUACAAAUAGUUUCGAAAAGAAACUAUUAUGAUACUUAUUAUAAUCAGUACAUUCCCACCACAUUGCACGAACACGUAUGUUAGUGAUAAUCGGUUUAAUAGUUUAUGUUAUAAAUAACGUUUAUAUUUAGUAGACAGGAGUUAGUUAUACCUUAUAGCGGAGAGGCGGCACGGGCCGCGCGUUGAUCUCUUGUACCGAUAACGAAUUUCUUAACUGUUUUAUGUGUCAGUACUUUAAUCUUUGUUACUUUUGAUUAAAUAUUAUUUAGAAAUAGUAGUUAAUUACAAUAUUUUUUAAGAAAUGGAUCACAUUUGGUUUAAGGGACCCGGUUUUAACAUGUAACUGUUCGAGCAAUCCAAAAUUAUUGGCAGUUUAGCUGACUAUAUGAAGAGUUAUAGUAAUAUUUAAUCAAAAAAUUAACAAUAAUAAUUUAAAUUACUGACGCUACAAACACAAAAUGGUUAGAUAUAAAAAUAAAUGAAUGUGUUCUAAUAAGACGUUACGUUUAGAUCUGUCGGAAGGGGUAUUUGUUCGUGUGUCCCGUCGGUUUACGUUGGUGCUUCUAGAAUGUUCCAUGCGGUAUCGUUUUCGACUAUACAUAGAGAGGAUGGUGAUUAUUUUUAGUGAUGGAAAUCACUGUGUUUGUUAAUCUGGGUGAUGGUUAUUACCGUGGAAUGUGGUGAUUGAUGUCUAUAGAUGUGAGUAACUAGACACUUCACUAUCACUACAGAGUUUAAAACAAAGUCGCUUUCGCAGUCCCUAUAUCCCUUAAAAGGAUGUAACGGAUUUUGAUGAGUUUUUUUUUAAUAGUUAGAGUAAUUGAAGAGGAUUGUUUUUAAGAAUAAUAACAUCCAUUACAUAGUGGAUACAUUUCGUAACAGCAUUGCACCCGUGCGAAGCCAGGGCGGGUCGCUAAUGAGUUCAUAUGUAUAAAAUUAUCCUAUAGAUUGUUGUAUCAAUUUUAGGAUAAGGGCCUGGUUUACCAUCUUCAUAUAAGUACCCGAUAAAGUUUUGUGCUACACAGUUUAUACAAAAUUGCGUACCUACUAUUUGUUAUCUGCAGUCGGUUUUUUAAAAUUGGUUACUGUCAAAAUAUGUACAAUACGUACAUUAACUAUACUUUUAUUGAAUGAUAGAUAUUAGAUAUCUUUUUUUUUGUAAGGUAUAAUGAAAUGUCUCGACAUGUUAUGAUAUUCUCUCGCCUCACCCUUGGCGAGAGAGAGGGUCAGUCUCUUACUGACCAAGGAACCUUCUCCUGCUUAUGGCUGAGGCAGAUAUCCUAAGACUACACUUUCUCUAAUCCGAAAGAUAUAAAUCCGUUUCAUUCAGAAGACUCAAAAAUACCAGUUUAAUAAUAAUCUACUAAUAUUAGAUGCUGUUGAAUUUUUCAUCUAUAGACAUCAAGAACCCACACAUUUUGUCCGUUAUAAUGGCCCACUCAUAUCGAAAGUAUCGGCAGAAACUAAAUGUAGGUUUCAAAUAGGGAAUUAAUAUUUUUGCACUGAAAAAAAUGCACACAAUUGUCGAAAUUUUUGUAUCAAAAUAUAAUAGGUAUGGGAUAGUUUUGAUUUAUUUUUCCACGAAUCAUGAUUUUAUCACUCAAAUAAUUCAGUAAUUUUAAAAGCCAAGUGAGGUAGACAAUGCAAUUUAAAAUAUUUACAUGAUAUUCAAAGACCAAUUAUUGAAAUUCAACUGAUUUUAUAUGGCUUUGAAUAAAUAUUUAUUGUAUUAUACUAAACAUGCUAAGGAUAAUCAAAUUAUUAUCACCAUUGAGUCUCCCAAGUUCGAAGACUAACUAUUAGAGGAAUCCCACAUCAAAUUAAUACCAAAGUUGUCAAAUAAAAUUGGUUGGAUUUCUCCUCGUGAAGUAAUUUAUACGUAAAACCUAGACCUGACAUCUACGACUCAAUCUAUACGGUCUGAGUAUUAUGGUAGUCAUACAGAAAGCGAUUAUUUUUCCAAGAAUCUUGAUAUCAAAUGUUGCAGUAAUGAAGAACUUGUGCAAAUCGGUUUUUUCUUUGUCCCUCAUCUGUUUUGGUCUUACGUAGGUGUAUAUUGCAAUUUUAUUUUGGGCUAUAAUAACAAUCUUUUAUAUUGCCAUUGGCACCUUUGGUAAACAUUGUUCCAACUUUGUAAAUAGGGCGUCUAUAAUUGUAUUCAUGCCCUCCAAGUUCAGUGAUGGGUAGAGAGAAUUGCUUAUAAGAAUAUUGCAAAUGUCCACAUAUGUAAACAAUAAUUUGUACAAUGUUUUUUUUUAAAGAACGAAUAAUCUCUGACCCAGCAUCUAACUUUAUCGACAAACAAGUCUGACAGACUGUUAUUCUAUUUUGACGUUUCAAAACUUCACGAUUUAGUUGUUAUAAAUAUAUUUUGUCUUUGACCACCAGUGGGGCUAAAACAACUUGGGGUGAGGAAAUAACAGGUGCAAAACUACUAUUGUAAAAGUAAAUCGUUGUGUAUGAGUACCAUGAGUGAUGGCAGAUAUACAUUACCGUGGCGUGGCGCGCCUAAGCCUGUCGGUAUCAUAAGUUUACUACUGUUAGAGAUACACUCGAGUGCUAUGAAAUGUAUGAGCGUUCUGGCGCGCCCCGGCACGGUGACGUACCCCCGGGCCGAGUCGUGGGUGGGCAGGCAGCGCAGUGCGUGAGUGUGCGUGUCCCCGCAGGGCGUGCCUGCCGCCGCGUGGGCCACUACCGCCCGCUGUCGCCGCGCCACGCCCCGCACACGUAACUAUCUCACUGCAUAGCGCUCCCUACAUCGCCUGCUACACCCGCUUCACUCUACCACCAUCUACUCACUCCCUGUACAUACUCCAUACAUCGGCAGUCUUAUACACCUAAAACAAUAGUUAUUUCUACUUCAAAAUCUAGCUUAAGUUAGACUCCAAAUUGAUACAUCAACAAAAAAAUCAUAUUUUUUUGUACUUAAAAGUUAUGACAAUGUUUAGUACGUAGACGACCCAAGUAAAAACUAGAAAUUUAUAAAAACAGUAACUAAGAAUGGUGUAUAAGCAUUUUUGCUAGUCAUAAAUGUAAAAAAAAUACAUUAAUAGAUUCCCUAGAACUUAGUAAGCUCAGACAUUGUUUACGUCCUGAAUCGAGAAACGAGAACAUUUUGAAACUUAAAGUAAAAUAACAUAAUACCACCUUUCUUUUUACCUCAUUUGCGUAUCAUGAUACUGCGUUAUGUUGCUGUAUUUGUUUAGCACGUUUGUCACUGACUGCUCGGCUUUUCCAAUAAACAUCAGCUGCCUUAGCUAAGAUGAUUAUCUACAGUCGUUGAUGCUAUAGAAAAACAUAUAAAUGUACUGUGCGGCUAAGUGCUAAGGCACUAAGCGCUAACGCGUUUCUCAUAUUAACAGUUCGACGAAGCUCAACUAGUUUCGAUCUACACCAGGGCUCAUAGAAUCACUUAAGUUUUUCAAUUUUAAAAACUUGCACCUGUAAGGCGUUUUGUAUAUUUUGUUACUUCUUAUAGAUGGUCAACUUGGCUAAGGCUUGCAGCUUAUUACGUUCAAUUCGUUCACAAGUUCGUUCAUUGCUUGUACCACCGCAUCGUCACGAUAGGAUCGUUCGCUCGUUCGCUGUGUGUUUUAACUGUCUACUUAUACCAUUUCUACAUGUUUCUUGUUCUAAUCUCCGUUUUUCUAUUGUGUUCGUCUUUUUUUUAUUUAUAUGUAUUAUGUAUGACAUCUUGAAUGUUUUUAUAGCCCUUUAAAACUCAGUCUUAUAAUUUUAUUACUAAAGUUUAUUUUGCAUUGUAAAUAUUUCAUGUUCACUUUUUAUAACCUUCAAGAUGUCAUUGAUUUGUGCUUAAAUUCGUCUUUUGCAUGCUUUUGAUGUAUAUGAAUGCUGUUUUGUCCCUAAUUAUUCUACUCUGCUUUUGUCAUUCAACAAAGACAAAAGUUGAGUACUUUAUUGACCCUUAUUUUUAGCUUAUAACUGAAAAUAAUGGCCAUACUGCUCAUCUUAACUCCCUCUGUGUGGAUUGUGUUAUGUGUACAUAUUGCGAACGAAUUCACAUUACCUCAUAUAAUAUAAAUUUACAUAUAAUUCAUUUACUACCCGGCGGAAACUGUGUACGUUUCUAUUCAUAUUUGUUUUGCUUGGCUUGGCUAUUGUUUUCUACAAUAUCUAAGUAUGUUUCGACAUGAAACACUUCAAAUAUAUGAUUAAAAUUACUUCUACAUUAAUAAUUGUCGAGCAACACAUUUGUGUAUAUAUAUAAUACUGGAGACAAUAAAUUGUCUAUCAAUAUGUCACAGAAUUUCCGCCCGGUGUACAUACACGUUUCCCUAACAUACCAUUCGCUGUACAUUGCUCGCUUUGCACAGUUUGAACGCAUCACACACGCCACAUACGGAUUUUUUUAAACGCCUCAUUGUUUUUUUUUUAAUUUUUUUGUUACAUUUCUUUAUUCCUUCAUAGUAAAUAAGGCGUUUAGAAAAUAUGUUUACAUCAUUUGUUUGAAUUUUCGGCUUGAAUUUGUCACUAAAUAAUCGUUGUUACUGUUAUAAUAAUUUUAAUUAAAUGUUUUUUACUCGUAGAUAAAGUUGCUUGGAAUUUAAGUGUUAUUUGUUAUUGAAAAGCCUUAAAAUUCAAACAAAUGUAUAAUCUGUCCGUGGCAUAUGUAAUCGUUCAAAUGCUUAUAUGGGUUUCUUACAUUUUCAGGUGAAUCGACAUACUUGUGAGGUUGGCUCGGGCCCUCGGUGACCUCUCCACACUUCUAUAAAUAAAACCCCGCUUUUACCCCCCACCCUACCGGCAAAGGCUUGAACUUGUAACACGGUGCGGAAAACACUUAUAACCUUGAAUCCUAGUGAUGUUUACUGAACAAGUAGUGCUCUAUGUGUGUCUAAAAUGUGUAGAUAUUUUAACAAAAAUGAGCGGGUUGUGCCAUUGCCGCGUACCGACGGACUAAACGUACGGUUUGGAUAAAAAAAAACAAGUUUUUGUGAUAAUAAUAGUGUGCUGAAUGGACAACUGCGUCGACGUAUCGACGUAUGGGAGAUAUCGUUUCAUUUCACCCGUUUACAAGCCGUCGAAGGUAUCGACUUUAAAUUCUAUGGUCACAAGGUAUGUUUCUUGUUAUAACUCUUAUGACUGAUAAGUACAUUUCUCGGUAUUUUUUUUUAAUUGUAAGCUUUGGCCAUUGUCAUAGAUGUGUUUCAGUGAAUAAACAAUUUGUACUUUUUAAAUGUCAAAGACUAUACAAGGAGGUAAUAGCGUAUUCUGCCGAAUUUUUAACAGACUGAAAUUAUUACCGGUGAAUCAGAUGGUUAGAUGUUCUUAGAUCAGUUCUGUUUAGGAAUGGUUUCUAUUGAUGAUGGGAAAGCAAUGUGACUCGCUUGAAUAGUUUGAGAAAUAAUAUUGUCUGUUGAAUUUAUGUAUUUAGAAUUCAUUAUCAAUGUGAAGUGGAAUGGUGACGGUUAUUUAACGUAUUUAUUGAAAUACAACGAGAACAGUUUGUUAUUUCAUUUAAUAUACCUCUGGGAAUGUGACAUGGGGUCAAUGUGUUUUAAUAAAGUUAUAAUUUAGUUGCGACUGUCUCAAUAAACGUCACCAUUACACUGUACUCUAGACGUACCUAGUCAAUGUCUUUGAAAUGACUUGAAAAUGUAAAAAAAAUAUUAAGGAACCAAUUUCUAGGUGCUCUUGUUUCUUUUAAUUUGAUAAUAAAUCAUCUUGGUUAACCGGCCUCAUUGUUGACCGAUACAUUGAAGAGAAAUUGUCUGUUUGUUUCAUACAUUGUACCAUUAUGUCGGCUUCACUUAUUUAUAAGUAUAUUUUUUUUUAUUAUUGAUAAAGAACUACAAUAUGCCGUGUGUGCGAGGCAGAUUUUCCCACCAUUUCGACUAAGUCCAUUGACGGACAGUUUUUUUAAAUGUUUUUUUGUAUACUUUCGAAAGAUCUCACUAACUGCCGUCAUAAAUGUAAAAAUUUUGUUAGGCUUGGUGUGACUGCUGUGGCCUUUGGUGAUACACAUUUAACAUAGAAUCCUCAUAUUCAAUUACAAUUUAAAUAUAGUUAAUAAAUCCUUCAAUAGCUUCAAAACUUCUUCCUUCAAUACAUGUUCCAUAUAAAUGCGUAUCAAAAACGCCACAGUAGACACUUUGUUAGUAGAAAAAAAACUUCCAAAAAACAAGUUUGAUACUUGACACAAUUUUAUGAAAGGAACUGAAGGCCUAGUAACCUUAAAUUUUUGACCCUCGGCUAGUCCGUUACCUGAACUAAGAUUAAAAUGUAAUACAUAAUAUUAAUUGUUAUAUGUACCUAGUAAUACAUACACUAUUAUAUUUAUUUACAAUACAUUGCACCGUCUCUACAGUUUCGAUAAUGACUGUUGUGUGAGAGAAACAUAUUCAUUGCUGGUUUAAGCUAGGGUGGUCACUUGUGAAAAGUACAAAUGGUUGCAAAUACUAGGUCUUCUUAGAGAAUGGUUCUCUACGCUGUGCGCGAGAGAGACAACACGAGUUUUCGUGCGUUCGUAUGAUUUGAGACCUUUUCAGUGCACACAAAAAUGUAUAUCUGUGAUCGGUGUAAAUUGAUUUAUUAAUAGCAAUUAAAUGUACAGAUUUCUUAUAAUAGUAAUUUCAAAUUUAAAUUUAUUGAAGGAUAAAAUAGCCUGUAAUAUUUUCAAAGUUAUUAACAAUAUUAUUGAUAUGUGUUUGUAGGCAUUGGAAAGGUUGUAAAGCCUGGAAUAUUCGAACUGAUUUGCUGAUAUGCAAUGUGUUUUUUGUGUUUUUGCAAUUGAAGUAUGUUAAAUUAAUAACAACAAAUGUUUGGAACUACGGAUGCAGAGUUUACUUUCUGAAAUCAUAUGAUGUUGUUAGAAAGGAGAAAAUGUGCAGUUUUACUUGUAUGACAAAUUAAUGCAAUACUGUUCUUCUGUACAGUAAUAACAAUGCAAGUUCGUUGACCUGACAACUUUAUGCUUCCUAGAAAGUAAUGUCUCCAUUCCUAGAAUCAGUUGCAGACUAUAUCUGUGUCUUAAAAAGUUGGAUUAAAAGCCGAUUUUUUUUAUUUAAUUGUAAAUAUUAUUGUUACGAUACAUUAGUGGUUAAUCGAGAUCUGUUUUUAAAUAAGUAGGUUGUCUUACAACCUAGCGCCUUUAAAAAAGUUUUAUCAAUUUGACAAAAGCAUAUUGAGCGUUGUCUAUGGCUGGUCCAUUUGCAAUGGAGAGAAAUUAAUAAUGUCUAAACCAGGUGUUUACUUCGUUCUGUUAUUUUAUUAGCUUUCAUAAAUUUUAAUUUUGCUGCUAACUACCCAUCACAUUUUUUUCAAAAAUUUUUAUAUCUGUAUUAGUGACUGAACUGACUAUACUUAGGAUGGAUUCAGCCUUCUUGAUAAUGUAAAAUAAUACCAGGCAUAGAGCUAAGUUUGAAAUAAAAGAAUGAAAUAACACCAUUUCUCGUUUAGGUUUCUAUGACGUUUAGGAGAGUUCACGGUUAUUGUGAUAUAGGGCUUCGUAGGCGGAUGGCGGCUCGAGCAUUUUGCACGGAGGCUGAGGCGGGAGUGCCUCAGUACAGUGCAAUAUGUUCUAGCCAGUGUGGAGUUGUGACGGGUUUAUCAUAAAUGCCAGUUAUUCGAUGCGGAGAGAAUAUGCAGGUGAUCGAGUUU